AGCUAGCAGAUUAUAGUCAUGGGCAUUUCUCUCUCUCCCCCCCCCCCUCUCCUUAUUUCAUCUGGAAACAUUUAGCCUGAUGCAUAUUUGAUUAUGUAACUAAUAUAGAUAUGGCCAUUGAUCAGGACAUGGAAACUGGUGAGAACAGAUUGAAAGAAGAUAUAAGGGAGACUCUUAUACAGCAUGGAGUAAAUGGAACCUGCAAAAAAACCAAGGAAAGUUUGUGGGUGGUUUACUUCAGCACUUUUGUAGCUGUUUGCGGCUCUUUUGAAUUUGGAUCCUGUGUUGGUUUUUCAUCGCCAACUCAAUCUGCUAUCAGGGAAGAACUGGAACUAUCACUAGCAGAGUAUUCAUUGUUUGGAUCUAUCUUGACAUUUGGUGCAAUGAUUGGUGCAAUCACAAGUGGGGCAAUUGCUGAUUCCAUUGGUCGGAAAGGGGCAAUGAGAGUGUCAGCCAUUUUUUGCAUUGCAGGCUGGCUUGCCAUCUACUUUGCCAAGGGAGCCUUGCCACUUGAUAUUGGAAGAUUGUCCAUGGGAUAUGGAAUGGGAGUCUUUUCCUAUGUGGUACCAGUCUUCAUAGCUGAAAUAGCACCUAAAAAUCUUCGGGGAGGCUUGACAACAGUCAAUCAGCUUAUGAUCUGCUGUGGAGUGUCUCUUGCCUUCGUUAUAGGGACAGUUCUAACAUGGCGAACCUUGGCUCUAACUGGACUUGUCCCAUGUUUUAUUCUGCUUUUGGGCCUUUUCUUCAUUCCAGAGUCUCCAAGAUGGCUAGAAAAAAUGGGACGCCAUGAACAAUUUGAAGCUGCUCUGCAGCAACUUCGUGGCAAGGAUGCCGACAUUUCUCAGGAAGCAGAGGAAAUCAAAGAAUAUAUAGAAACUCUUGAAAAGCUCCCCAAAGCCAAAAUGCUGGACUUGUUCCAAAGAAGAUACUGGCGUUCGGUCAUGAUUGGAGUCGGACUAAUGGUCAUUCAACAAUUUGGAGGAAUCAAUGGAAUUUGCUUUUACGUGAGCCAAACAUUUGAAUCUGCAGGAUUUCCUGCCAAUGUUGGAACUAUAACUUAUGCUUGUCUUCAGGUUGUAGUAACUGCAUUGGGUGCAGUCUUAAUGGAUAAGGCUGGAAGAAGACCCCUUCUAUUGGUUUCUGGUUCAGGUUUGGUCUUUGGCUGUAUACUGGCUGGGACUUCCUUCUAUCUAAAGGCCAAUGAAUUGGCUUCCACAGUAUCUCCUCUACUUGCUGUGACAGGAAUACUGGUGUAUAUAGGAUCUUUCUCUAUUGGAAUGGGAGCAACCCCUUGGGUUAUAAUGUCAGAGAUAUUUCCGAUAAAUGUUAAAGGAGUGGCUGGAAGCUUAGCAACACUGGUGAACUGGUUUGGAGCAUGGGCAGUUUCUUUUACUUUUAACUUUCUUAUGAGUUGGAGCACUUAUGGUACCUUCAUCCUCUACACGGUGAUUAAUGUUCUAGGUAUCCUGUUUAUAGCCAUGUUCGUACCUGAAACAAAGGGGCGAACCUUGGAACAAAUUCAAGCUGCCAUUAACAAUUCUUAGGGACAGGAACAACCAAUGAAAGAAAAAAGAGUUGGGAGUUUGCUUGAGAAGCUGCUUCUGAAACUUUUGAAAUCACUAUUGAUUUAUAGUCUAUGCAUUCUAUUUAUCUGUAGAUAAAAGAGAAAUAAAAGGCAAUUGAAAACAUGGUAAUAUUACUGCAAGUAAGGAAAAAAAGAGAAGAGAAUUUUGUUUCUAUAUUUUCACCAUUUUGCAGGGCUAGCCUCUUCAACUAAAAUGUGUUUUUCUUAGAAAAUUUCCCACAUCUGAGAAUGUACUUUCAGUUUGUUUUUCGACAUUGUAGCUCGAAUUCAUGAUAUUAACAACACAUUAGAAGAUGUUCCCAUUC